UCGUGUAGUGAACCAGAGCGACUUUCUUAUCUAAAAUUGCAUCAAUUUUUGAGCGUUCGGUUCAGUAAAUUUCUGCGGCUGGUUGGUAUUGAUCAUCGAGAUGCUACUGUACCUUUUGCUAAUAAUUCUGGAAGUAUCAUCGUCUAUUGUUUCGGGAAGUGUAUCCAUUGGCAAUAGGACACUAUCGCGAGGGAAGCGAUUUCUUCUCUUCCCUAUUAAUGGUCAACUUUUGUUUACCGUUUCCGGUGCAAAAGGGUUGAUCUUCAGAGGACCAAGUGGUUAUAACUUAAUCACGGAGUUGGACAUGUACUACCCCUUGCCGGAUUACCGUUAUCGGUUAACUUCGUUGCGGUUGGGUGAAAUUGCUAUGCUACCAGGAGCUACAACAACAAUAACAACGACAACAACGACAACAACGACGACUACUACUACAACGGAGCCUACAAUGCCCAUCGUGGAUUUAGAUCACUUGUAUCUUAAAGAUCACCCGCAGGCGUGGUUUCCAAGCGCAAUUAAACACAGCUCAGAUCAGUCCGAAUGGUUUUUGCCUUGGACAGGUGAAACUUAUAAUCCACAAACAGAGUAUCACCAGAGAAUGUGGCAACCGGUGGAGCAUUUCGAUCAAUAUUUUCCACGGAAGAAAAGAUUUGCGGAUGUUGGUAGAAUGAACGAGGAUGAAGAAGAAGUCGAUCGUUUUAAUCUUAGUCAGCACCGCAACUGGGAGUACUACUAUCACUACCGGGAUCGUCGGGAACUGUUCCACGCUCUGGAGCACCAGGCUGGUGAUAGUAUCGAUUUUCCGAUGAAAUCUUGCAUUCUCAGGACGAUUUGCGAGGUGCGAGGAUUGAUUUUUCCUCCUGGAAGAUCUAUGAUAAUGGAUCUGGUGCAGAUUGUUUUUCGAAUCCCACUUAAAGAGGAACUUAAUGAUGAAUAUAGUGCAGCCAUGAGAGAAGAAACUUUGGACUGCCACCGGUUGUAUGGCGAUAAAUGCCCAAUUAGCCUACUUUAUUUGAUUAUGUUUGGGAAAUUUGUCCCGUGAUACUUGGAUCUUUGUAGUACAAGAAGUUUCCGAUACAUACCCUAUUAUUCCACAGAAAGCGCUGAUAGAAGAAUCUGUAAUAAAAUGACAAAUAUAGAUAUUCAAUGGUACGCAAAAAUAAACAUUUCUUGGUUUUGGCA